GCGAGCAGCCCCGCUGGAGCCAGCGCAGGGUCUGGGACGCAGUUGGGAGCGCAGAGGGCUGGCUGGGCGCCACAGCAGCGAGCAGCAGGCUGGGGCCGGGGCCUCCUGGGUGACAGGCCCUGAGCGGCUGGAAAAAUGAGCAGACAGCGGCAGAGAAGAGGCUGCAUCUAGAGUAAGGGCGGCCUCACUCUCUUACCUGAGCCGACGGGACCAAGGAAUUUAGAACAACGUCCCCCCACCCCGACUGUAAGGAAGACAUUUGCUUUCCAGAGCAGCACCCUUGAACUGAGACAGCUCUGAGUGGAAGUGGGUCCUUGGAGCCUGGAACACCACCCCACACUCCUUCCCUGAGGCCUCUAGGCCCCAGAGAGGACCCGGACUUAGAAAGGAGGCCAGACAGCCCUUGCUGUGCCCCUGGGGAGAGAGGACGUUCCCUGCCUGUCCGCAGGUCCAGGAGGAGCUGGGCUGAGCAACAGUGGGGACCUGGCCCCUGAAGCCACGGCGGCCAUGUCUCGGCCAGGCCAGGGUGUGAUGGUGCCCGUGAACGGGCUGGGCUUCCCGCCGCAGAACGUGGCCCGGGUGGUGGUAUGGGAGUGGCUGAAUGAGCACAGCCGCUGGCGGCCCUACACGGCUACAGUGUGCCACCACAUUGAGAAUGUGCUCAAGGAGGACGCCCGCGGCUCCGUGGUCCUGGGGCAGGUGGACGCUCAGCUGGUGCCCUACAUCAUCGACCUGCAGUCCAUGCACCAAUUUCGCCAAGACACAGGCACCAUGCGGCCCGUGCGGCGCAACUUCUACGACCCGUCGUCGGCGCCGGGCAAGGGCAUCGUGUGGGAGUGGGAGAACGACGGCGGAGCGUGGACAGCCUACGACAUGGACAUCUGCAUUACCAUCCAGAACGCCUACGAGAAGCAGCACCCGUGGCUUGACCUCUCGUCGCUCGGCUUCUGCUACCUCAUCUACUUCAACAGCAUGUCGCAGAUGAACCGUCAGACGCGCCGGCGCCGCCGCCUUCGCCGCCGCCUGGACCUGGCCUACCCGCUCACCGUCGGCUCCAUCCCCAAGUCGCAGUCGUGGCCCGUGGGCGCCAGCUCAGGCCAGCCCUGCUCGUGCCAGCAGUGCCUGCUGGUCAACAGCACGCGUGCCGCCUCCAAUGCCAUCCUGGCCUCGCAGCGCCGCAAGGCGCCCCCCGGCGCCCCGCCGCAUCCGCCACCCGGAGGGCUUCCAGGCACGCUCCCCGUGCGCCCCAGCGCCAACUUAGCCGGCGGAGCGCUCUGGGCCGCGCCCACUGUCGGCCCUACUGAGCCCGCGCCGCCCCCCAGGGCGCCCCCGCGGAGCCCCAGCGCCCUCGGCAGCGCGCCCACCGCCGGGCAGAACAACCUCAACCGGCCUGGGCCCCAGCGCACGACCAGCGUGAGCGCGCGCGCCUCUAUCCCUCCAGGAGUCCCCGCACUCCCGGUGAAGAACUUGAAUGGUACCGGGCCGGUCCACCCGGCCCUGGCAGGGAUGACCGGGAUCCUGUUGUGUGCGGCCGGGCUGCCAGUAUGCCUGACGCGGGCCCCCAAGCCCAUCCUGCACCCACCGCCCGUGAGCAAGAGCGACGUCAAGCCCGUGCCCGGAGUGCCCGGCGUGUGCCGCAAGACCAAGAAGAAGCACCUCAAGAAGAGUAAGAACCCUGAGGAUGUGGUCCGAAGGUACAUGCAGAAGGUGAAGAACCCACCUGAUGAGGACUGCACCAUCUGCAUGGAGCGAUUGGUCACUGCUUCAGGCUACGAGGGUGUGCUGCGGCACAAGGGCGUGCGGCCCGAGCUUGUGGGCCGCCUGGGCCGCUGCGGCCACAUGUACCACCUGCUGUGCCUCGUGGCGAUGUACUCCAAUGGCAACAAGGAUGGCAGCUUGCAGUGCCCCACCUGCAAGGCCAUCUACGGGGAGAAGACAGGCACCCAGCCGCCCGGGAAGAUGGAGUUCCACCUCAUCCCCCACUCACUGCCCGGCUUCGCAGACACCCAGACCAUCCGCAUCGUCUACGACAUCCCCACAGGCAUCCAGGGCCCUGAGCAUCCCAACCCCGGCAAGAAGUUUACGGCCAGAGGCUUCCCGCGGCACUGCUAUCUGCCUAACAACGAGAAGGGCCGGAAGGUGCUUCGGUUGCUCAUCACCGCCUGGGAGCGGAGACUCAUCUUCACCAUUGGCACGUCGAACACCACCGGCGAGUCGGACACCGUAGUGUGGAACGAGAUCCACCACAAGACCGAGUUCGGAUCCAACCUCACGGGCCAUGGCUACCCGGACGCCAGCUACCUAGACAACGUGCUGGCCGAGCUCACAGCCCAGGGUGUGUCCGAGGCUCCGGCCAAGGCCUGAGGUCCGAGGCUGCCCACCUUCCCUCCUGCUUUGCCCCUGGUCCGGCACACGCCUUCCACCGCCCGGGCGGAAGGCUUGGAUUAGAGAGUCCUGGUGGCCCGAGUUCAGGGCUGGGGAGGAGCUUCGGAAAGAGCUAGAAGCAUUCAGGGGAUUUGGGAUGUUGGGAGGACAUGAGGCUAGCCAGCUCCGAUCCACAGUUCCCUGAGAGCGCCGCAGAGAGAGAGUUCCAGAAACCACAGCGACCUCCCUACCAAAAAGACAGACCCACCACCCUCACACACAAACACACGUGUCCUGUUGAACACAUGCACGCACACACACGUGCCUCUACUUACCCCCAGCUAGGGGAGAAGAGACGGGAAGACCCCGUGGUGCCCAUUGGGGAUCCCCAUCUGUGUCUAUCGCAUCUGUACAGGCUUGACUGCAAAAAGAGGGUUCGGGGCAAGCACCUAGGACCCGCUGGGGCCUCUGGGCCAGGGCCUUGGGAAACUCAGUCGGCCCCCAUGCCUCACCCGCCCUUGUAGCAUCACCACCCAUCUCUGCCACCCAUUGCUGAGCACUUGUGUGCUGGUGGGGUGGGAGCCCCCAGAUUCCUGAGCAGUUUUGCAGAGAGAUGAGCCAGAGAGGGGGGACUAGAGAUACCUUAUUUUGCGCUUGUGUCUCUUUGUCCUUCUGGGAGCUGACCUCCUUCCUCCGGCCUCCCACUCCCAGGCCAUAUGUCUGUCCAGAGAAAGGCACUGUUCUCCCCUCCCCACUCCAUCCUCUUCACCAAAUCACUCCCAACUUCGAGAUCCAAAGGCUGGAGCUUCUGGCUUCAGGAGCAAGAUGAGAAGGCCUAGCUUAGGCCAGCGUGCUUAAAAAACAUAGCGGACAGCAAAGAGUCAAUUUUCCUCUCCUUGGGAGUGGGCAGCGGGGUGGCUGAUAGUCUCCGGCCAACCAGGGGCCUGUUGCCCAGGCAACUCACCAGCUCCGCCUCUGUUGAUUGGCUGCCACGCGGAAGUCAGCCAAGAUUUAAAGGGACGCCAGCGAUCGCUCUUUUGAAAACCUACCAGUCCCACUGUGGGUGGAGAAAUAAAUGGUCUUUCUCCUCCUCA